AUGGCUUCUGAAGCACUAGUGGGUAUUGAACUGGUUUUCACCAACGACCUGUCCUCACAGUAUUCCUCUGCGCUGUCUUCAGGGUAUUCGUUUCUUUGUGUGGAUUUAUUUCAUCCCAAACUUAUUCAUGAAGAAAAUCUUACUGGUUGUCCCCCUAGUCAUAUCCCUCGUUCCGACCUGGUGUAUGAAAAAGAUGGGAAAAGUAUCACGAAAUCUAUCGUUGGUAAGGUGUCGGCAAAUAUAGACGUCGAUUCAAAUAUCGUUCGUAUUCGUGAAUCUAGUUCCAAGUCAUUAAUGAGGGAACUUAGUUGGGCUGCACAUCUUGGCCUUCCUGCUGUUAGCAUCAGAGUCAGUCGUCCAUUCAAUCCUAAUCUAGCGCGGCUGCUCAUAAAUUUCAUACGUGGAGAAUAUAUUCCUAUUAAGAUAUGGCUAGUAUUUCCGAUGACAAAUGAAAUUUUGGAUCCCUCUGGAGAUGAUAAUAGAAAUGGUGAAUUAAUCACAGAAGACAAACUAUCUCUUUCUCCUUGGCACUGGUGGUUCAAUUUAUCUACUUUGACGGCUGAUAUCACAGAUGCUCUUGGCGUUGUCCUUGAAUUACCGAAGGACUUGCCAGAUGAAUUAGUAAUUUCAAGAUGGUUCAGCGAACCUAUAGUGUGUUUGUUGGUUCACACAGAUCUGUUUUUAACAAAUGCGAAAGGUUAUCCAGUAUUACCAAAAAGUCAUCAGCGUGUCAUUCACCGAUUUUUCAAGCUUAAUAUACAAGUUAUGCUGACUGGUGCUUGUCGAAAUGAUAAAGGUUAUGUAGCUUAUCAACAGUAUAUUUCAUGGCUUUGGAAGUCUCAAGAUGCUCCUGACCUAUAUGAAGAACAAUCAAAAGGAUUAGAAGAUCAAUUGCAAGAACCUUUGCAACCUCUUCGUGAUAAUUUGUCAUCAACAACCUACUCUAUAUUUGAAAUGGAUCCAUUUAAAUACCAAGCAUAUGAAGAUGCAAUUUAUAAAGCCCUUUGUGAUCGAUCAUCUAAAUGUCAACUGAAUGGAGUUCAAGAACAAUCACGCCCUGAAGUCAAUAAACUUCAUACCAAUGAUAUUAACAAUUCAUCUUCCACCCGUCAAGUUGUAAUGGUAUUAGGCGCUGGUCGUGGUCCACUUGUCAAUGCAACUAUCAAUGCAGCUGAAAAAGCUCAAUGUAAAGUUCGUAUAUAUGCUGUUGAAAAGAAUCCGAAUGCUUUAUUCACAUUGCGUUCUAGAGUCGAUUGUGAAUGGCGUGGUUUAGAUGUCCACUUGAUUGAAGGCGAUAUGCGUGAUUUAAAGACAUCCGAAAAAGCUGAUAUAUUUGUUAGUGAAUUACUCGGUUCCUUUGGUGAUAAUGAAUUGAGUCCUGAAUGUUUAGAUGGUGCACAACCAAUGCUAAAAGACGAUGGAAUUAGUAUACCAUGUUCCUAUACAUCGUAUGUUGCUCCUUUACAGUCUUUACAAAUAUAUAAUGAAACCAGAAGAUCCAAAGAUGUGACAAAUAAAGUUGGCUUUUCAAUGGAAACGCCAUAUGUGGUUCGACUUCGUAAUUGUCAGCUAUUAGCUCCACCUCAAGAAGCCUUUGUAUUUCAACAUCCAAAAAAAGAUUUAAGUGAAUCCAAUGAACGUGAAGUAUGUUGUAAAUUUAAAAUACCACAAGAUUCUGUUGUUCAUGGUAUUGCUGGCUACUUUGAAGCAGUUCUUUAUAAAGAUAUAACAAUGAGCAUACAUCCUGAUCGACACAGUCCACAAAUGGUAUCUUGGUUUCCAUUGGUUUUUCCACUCGAGCAUCCAAUUUAUGUGAAUGCUGACAGUCAAGUUACUUUCCAUUUAUGGCGUCUUGUCAGUAAUCGAUAUGUUUGGUAUGAAUGGGCUAUAAUAGAACCACAGCCUACAAAAAUUCAUAAUGCAGCCGGUCAUGCUUACAAGAUUGCACUUUAA